AUGUUGGGGAAGCAAGGAUGGAGGUUUCUCACUAAGCCAAAAUCUCUUGCAAGUUGUGUUUAUAAAGCAAGGUACUUCCCUAAUUCCACUUUUAUUGAUGCCUCUUUGGGUAAUUGUCCUAGUUUUUGCUGGAGGAGUAUUAUGGCCUCCCAUGACUUAAUUUGUACUGGGGUUAGACGGAGAAUUGGGAAUGGUGCCAAUACUAUGGUAAUGGGAGACCCUUGGUUGCCUGGUGAUUCUAGCCCUAUGGUUCAAACCAUAAUGCCUCCGCAUCUGAGUGUUACUACGGUUGCUGGUUUAAUUGACCCAACUACUCAAUCUUGGGACAUACCCUUACUUCAUGAGAUCUUUGAUUCUACUGACAUUGACCAUAUUGUACGGUUGCUUGUAAGCCCAACGAGCUUUGGGAAGUAUCUGGACAAUGCACUAGCUCUCUCAGAUUUUGAUCAGAUUAUCCAUAUGGCGGCAGUCUUGUGGUCCCUUUGGAAUGCACACAAUGAUACAAUCUGGAGCAAUGGAGGUUGGGCAGUAGAAGGGCUUCGGCGGCAAGUUGAGGCUAGGCGUGUUGUCUGGAAGGAAAACUGUUGUCCAACCACAGCGUCUCAUGACCAUAGUCAGAUGGAUGAAGGAAUACCUCUACCGGUUUUGCAUGCUUCUUUGGCACCUAUUUCACAUGUGGGAGGUAUUACUUCCGCUGAUUGGUUGGAGGAGGUUUUUCGCAUGUUGAAGGGUGAUGAGUUGGAGUCAUUGACGACCAAUCUUUAUGGCAUUUGGACUGCCAGGAAUAAUGCAUUAUGGGAUUUCUCUUUACCAUUGCCGAAUAAAACAGUGGCGGCGGCUUCCAGUGUUGUGAAUGCUUGGUGUGGGAUCUAUGGAGUUAGAACGAGGCAGGAGGGGCGUACGCUUCCAGUUCAUGCACAGGAGUCAAUGGCUGGUGUUACGGGAUGGCAGUGUGCUUUUGACACCGGCUUCUCUCCGAAUUCUGGAAAAGCUACCUACGGGGUAGUUUUAUUUUAUGUUUCUGGAGAGUUCAUUGCUGCUACGAACGGUCUUUUAUCACAUUUAAUAUAA